AUGGAAUGUCAGGACCAUCAGAAGGUGUUGUUUGCUACUCACAUGCUAGCAGAUGAGGCGGAGUAUUGGUGGGAGAACACUCGCCCACGUUUGGAGGGAGUAGGUGGUGUUGUUGUCCCAUGGGGUACCUUCAGACAAACUUUUCUGGAGAAGUAUUUUCCAGAAGAUGUGAAGAAUAGGAAGGAGAUGGAGUUCCUUGAGCUAAAACAAGGGAGUAUGACGGUGGAAGAGUAUGCAGUGAUGUUUGAGAACCUUGUAAGGUAUUUUCCUCAUUAUCAGGGGGAAGCUGGGGAGAGGUUCAAAUGUGUGAAAUUUGUCAAUGGCCUUCGACCAGAAGUAAAGAUGAUGGUAAACUAUCACAGUAUUCAUAACUUUGCACAGUUGACCAACAUGUGUAGAACCUUUGAUGAAGAUCAGUGUGAGAAGGCUGCUUUUUACAGGAAUGCCAAUGCUAGUCAUGGGAAAGAGAAGAAGCUUGUGACUCACAGUCGUGCUAAGCCAUAUUCUGCCCCUCUUGGGAAAUAUGGUAACCAUUCUGGGGGACAAAGGACCAGUGGAGGACAUCACCUAGCUUGUGGGAGUUCUCAACCAGUUAACAAAGUGUCUCAGCCUGUUGGUAGAGGUGGUGGUGGUACUCCUGCUACACCUGCUACGCCAACCCGGUGUGCUAAGUGUGGUAGGAUGGGUCAUUUUGCUCGUGAGUGCCCAGAUAGUGACGUGACUUAUUUCAACUGCCGAGGUACCAGUUGCCCACGUCCGAGGAGGGAGAAAAUGAGUGGAAGUCUGAAUAACCAGAACAGACGACCAAAGACCACAGGGAGAGUGUUUGCUCUUAGUGGUGCCAAUGCCGCACAGUCUGAUGAUCUCAUUCAAGAUUGA